UGCUCACGUUCGGAACGAUCUCAUCGCGAGAACUGAGCCGUGGUAUAAAUUCCACAAUCGCGCUUGGUAGCCCCUGCACUCCGAUCUCCUACGUCCGUUGGUGUGGUAAAGUCAGAGUCAGACUGAAGAUGGCAGCAGGAAAAGCAUAUAUUGGAAAGCUGGCCCCAGACUUCACAGCCAAAGCGGUGAUGCCUGAUGGACAGUUCCAGGAUCUGAAGCUGUCAGACUACAGAGGGAAAUAUGUCGUCUUUUUCUUCUAUCCGCUGGACUUCACCUUUGUUUGUCCAACCGAGAUCAUCGCUUUCAGCGAUGCUGCCGAGGAAUUCAGGAAAAUCGGCUGUGAAGUCAUCGCUGCCUCUGUUGACUCACACUUCUCCCAUUUCGCAUGGACCAACACACCACGUAAGCAGGGCGGUCUGGGUACCAUGAAGAUUCCCCUGGUCUCUGACACACGGCGCACCAUCUCCACAGAUUAUGGUGUCCUGAAGGAAGAUGAGGGCAUAGCCUACAGAGGUCUCUUCAUCAUUGACGACAAGGGCAUCCUGAGACAGAUCACCAUCAACGACCUCCCAGUUGGACGGUCUGUUGAGGAGACCUUGCGUUUGGUCCAAGCCUUUCAGUUCACCGACAAGCACGGAGAAGUCUGCCCAGCCGGCUGGAAACCAGGAAAUGACACCAUCAAACCUGACGUCCAGAAGAGCAAAGACUUCUUCUCCAAGCAGAAAUAAGCCCAAGGCCCGAGUCUGCUGCCUGCUGUAGGAGAUUUCAUUUAGAGAUUACAUUUCCAGUGAACAAUAUUUAAGUCAGUCGUGCCUGUGGAAGAAUGGUUAGGAGACAGUCUCUUUUUUUUAGUUACCAUGAUGUGUGUUCUAUUGUCUGUAGAGCAAAUAGUACAGUUAUGACCAAAGUAUAUAAUUGUGUAAUUAUGCUGUGGUAAUGUAUGCUGUUUUCCCCGUCUGACUGGGAUAAAUGUUUGUUCUUUCAUGUCAUCCUUUACUAUUGCUAGAUACAAAGGACCAUACAAAACAUUUUUACUGUUAAGAAGCCACAAACACCUCUCUCCAUUAUGUUGAACAUUUUAUUUUUUAUUUUUACAGUGAACAACAAGUGUUCUUUCAUCUGAAUAAAAAAUACAGUGUGUAACACUCUCA